CACUGCUUCAUUUCCGACAGCUUCGAAACGAGCUACUCGAAAUUUAGGUUUCAAGACAUAAGAUGGCACCACUCCACGUCCGAUGACCCUUAUACGCCAUUUUGUCCUCGUAUUAGAGCUCCUCACUUCGAAAUAUUCCUGAUUUUAACAGAAAAAUAUAUACUUCGUAUAAUUUCUUUCCAUAUACCGAAUUAAAAUCCAUAAAAAAUUUUUUAGAAUUCAAAAAGUCGAUUUGUAAUUAAAGAACGAUCGAUUCCUAUCGAAAGACCUCAGUCAAGAUCGAUAGAAGCAAUUUGAAAAUGUCUAUUACUAACCUUCCUCCUCCAGAUCCUUGAAAUUAAUUCCCCAAGCCGCAAUUAAGUUAAAUUAAAUACCCUAUGAAGAAUCGAGAUUAAUUACAGAUAAUUAAACACAAAUUUACAUCAAUUUGUACAUACGAAUUUUGGAAAUUUUGAAGAAAGAGAAAAGUGGAGGAUCAAGAUGCCUUGCGAAUACGAGACUCAAACUUUCAAACUAUGCCGAUGCGGUUGUAAAUGGCGAUGCCAGUGUUUAAUUCCUCGGGAAAAGAAACCUCGUCCGCCAUUCAACAGCAGCUUAAAACGCGACGCGAAGAUUGGACUGCAUCCAAAAUUUUAUGUAAACAAAUCCGAUUCACCUGCUGUAGGGACUUACAAUAUUCCAGCCAUCAGAAGCAAAUCGAUUGCCAGAGACUGGACGAGGGAACUCGUGACCGAAGAAUUUUCAGCGACCAUGGGAGGGAAAUUAUUGGAGAAAUACGUGUUAGAAAGAAAUUUGAUGAAAACGGGACGUGGUCCGGGAACGCACGAUAUUUCUCAGUGGCCUGAAAAUAUUUUGGAAAGAUCUUGUGAAACGGCUCGAAGAGACGUUGGAUUUGGAACUGUCCAUUCCUCUAAACUCGCUUCCACUAUUCCUGGACCAGGAUACACCCGGAAGAAUCCUUAUUAUUACAUGGAUAAAAGGAGACGAGAAGGUUUGUCUAGUACUCCUACUUUUGAGUACGACGGUCUGCGGCCUAGAUUUCGUCAUGUUUCCAAUAGCUGGACUUUACCGAGCAAUUUGUAUAACGUAAAGCAUCCGGAUACUAUAGAAGCUAUCUUGAAAAAGGUCACUGGAAAAAGGGGUCCCUACGAUUUAUUCACAGGCCCGAGGGAUAGAAGCACGAUUAAGAGCUACUUUGCAAUUACAAAAUUGGAAGAUCACGGCGACUGGCCUAGAUCGUUGCCAAGCGAGCUCGACAAACUGUUGCACAAGUCGAACUAUUUUAAAGGACGUUGGAUCACUUGUCCGAGGUUUCCAAAGGUGCCAGGGAUGCGAAUGGUGUUACAAGACCUAGCCUUGUGUUACAAGGACCCGAAGCACCCAGGACCUGGCCACUACGAUCCGAAAUCUCCAAGGAAGCCAAGAAACACGAAGAAUUAUCCUUUCAAUAUCAAUAUUGAACACGUUAGGCCGGUUACUAUGUCGGAUAUUCAUCCUGGCCCAGGGAGAUACAAAAUCAAAGACAAGAGGCGCAUCAAAGGGAAUGGAUGGACCUUUGUUUUCAAAAGCAAACUGCCUCGAACAAAUUUCAUUAUCAUCCCUUCGCACAAUGCCUUCUAAUUGGUUCCCUGAUUUUUGAAAUAAAAAUGUAUGUUAGCUUACUUCUUUUUCUUGAUCUCGAGUAGGUGUAUAGGUAACAGGAAGCUCUAAAAUGGAGCCAGUUUCAAUAGUUUGACCUGGAGGGACGACAAAUGGACCGAAUGGAUCUAGUGUGCUGAUAUUCACCUUCACAC